CCGCAGUAAACAAUCCCGCCCUCCUAUCACCGUUUCACUCUCUCUCUCUCUCUCGCUCGCCGCUCAUGGAGGAAAACAAGAAGCAGAGCAGUGAAGGGAGCGACUCGAAGAGCUCAUCCUCACGUUCCAAAAUUUUCGGUGCUGGCGCGCUCGAACUCAGCGUCGACGACGCUUCGCGCUUGAUCGGCGGAAUUGUCGAGAAGGGAAUCUCCGACAACGAGCUACAGAGCAAGCCCAUUGCGCCCCCCAAACCCUCCGUUCUCCCUUUCCCCGCCGCUCGCCAUCGCUCCCAGGGCCCGCAUUGGGGUCCAAUAGGUGGUAUAAUAGAUGAUAAUGAUAAUGACGGGGAAAAGGAGGAAGAUAAAGGUUUCAUGGAAUUUGACCCAAUAGCACCUUUUGCCAAUCCAGUAGAGAGGAAGAAGAAAAAAGGAUUGGAUUUAAGCAGGUGGAGGGAGAUUGCCUCGGGUGAUAAUCGUUCCAUAGCUGAUAAAGUGGCUCAGAAAACUGAAAAAGAAAGAAAAAGUGGAGCUGCAUCGAAGAGGAACGUGUCACGUGGUCCACCCUCAGCUGUCCCAAUGAAAAUGGAUGUCAAACGAAACUUAGAUACGGGUAGGCGCCUGAAUGAAUCUGGUGAAGCCAUGACAAGUAUUUCAGAUGAUGGAUCUUUUAGUUCAGCCACUGACAUGGAAUUAGAUAACUUGAAAGAGAGCGUGAAAGAUGCCAACCCAGUUAACUUCAGUGUGGAGAGAAGGAAACAUGAUGGUAUUGGAUUUUCAGAGGUUCAUAGAAGGCAGGAGCUAUCCACCAUGGUUUCUAGUUCCAGGUCCAACAACUUCAAGAAUGAACAAGAGUCCAUGUCUCUUGAUAGUCAGAUUGAUGCUAAGAACCGUGCCCAACUACAGCGAAUGUCACCGGACGAGAUUGCAGAAGCACAGGCAGAGAUAAUGGAGAAGAUAGACCCUGUAAUUUUAAAAGCACUAAAAAAGAGGUCCAACAACUUCAAGAAUGAACAAGAGUCCAUGUCUCUUGAGAGUCAGAUUGAUGCUGAGAACCGUGCCCGACUACAGGGAAUGUCACCUGAUGAGAUUGCGGAAGCACAGGCAGAGAUAAUGGAGAAGAUGGACCCUGCAAUCUUAAAAGCACUAAAAAAGAGGGCUCAAGCCAAACUGAAGAAGCAGAUAAGCUCAAGCUCAGAAGUCGGCACCACUGUUGAACAGAGUGCUGUCCAGAAUGAGAAUUCCCAAGAUGCUGAAGGUUUUGCACACUUAGACCAUGAUAUCUCUCAUAUGGUAGCAACAACCUCUGAUAAUGCACAGAGUAGGCGAGACAAUGGUGCAGCCAAUCGUAGUUUGUGGAAUGCUUGGAGUGAAAGAGUUGAGGCUGUAAGGGAAUUAAGAUUUUCCUUGGAAGGGGCUGUUGUUGAGAACGAUUUUGUGCAGGUGCCUAAUACUUGUGAUAUCAGUGUUCAGAAUAGGCGUAGUGCUGACAAUGUUACAGAGCGUGACUUCCUGCGGACUGAGGGUGAUCCUGCUGCUAUAGGUUACACAAUAAAAGAAGCUGUGGCACUCGCUCGAAGUGUGGUUCCAGGACAACGAGCACUUGCUUUGCAUCUCAUCUAUUCAGUGCUUGAUAAGGCAUUACACGGUAUUUAUCAGAAUAGAGUUGUAUCUACUCUGGACAAUGCCAACAAAUUUGACAGAUAUAUUGAUUGGGAGGCUGUCUGGGCUUUCGCGCUGGGCCCAGAACCUGAGCUUGUUUUGUCGCUGAGGAUGUCUCUUGAUGAUAACCACAACUCUGUAGUUCUAGCUUGUGCCAAAGUUAUUCAAUCUAUAUUAAGUUGUGAUGUGAAUGAGAACUUCUUUGAGAUCUCGGAGAAAAUUGCAACCUAUGAGAAGGAAAUCUUUACUGCCCCUGUGUUCCGAAGUAAACCAGAGAUUGAUGUUGGUUUCCUACAUGGUGGAUUCUGGAAGUACAGUGCUAAACCUUCUAAUAUUCUUCCUGUUGAUGAGGAUAUGUUGGAUGAUGAGUCUGAAGGGAAACAUACGAUUCAGGACGAUAUUGUGGUUGGUGGACAGGAUAUAGCUGCAGGUUUGGUUCGGAUGGGAAUCCUUUCAAGGCUUCGCUAUCUUUUGGAGACAGACCCUACUGCAGCUUUAGAAGAAUGCAUAAUUUCUAUACUUGUUGGAAUAGCUAGGCAUUCCCCAACAUGUGCAAAUGCAAUCAUGAAAUGCCAAAGGCUCGUUGAAACAGUUGUCCACAGAUUUACAUCGAAAGACAACAUAGAAAUUCAUCCUUCUAAAAUAAAAUCUGUUAGCCUUUUAAAGGUUUUGGCUCGAUCAGACCAGAAGAAUUGUAUUAAGUUUAUAGAGAAUGGGACAUUCAAAACUAUGACAUGGCAUAUGUAUCAAUAUGUUUCCUCCCUUGACCACUGGGUAAAAUCAGGAAGAGAGAACUGUAAACUUUCAUCAGCUUUGAUUGUUGAACAAUUACGUUUUUGGAAGAUCUGCAUUCAGUAUGGAUAUUGUGUAUCAUGUUUUUCAGAUAUUUUCCCUGCGUUGUGCUUGUGGCUGAAUCCACCUACAGUUGAAAAACUUAUACAGAAUAGUAUUAUUAGUGAAUUCAGUUCCAUCUGUACAGAGGCAUACCUUGUUUUGGAAGCUUUGGCUAGAAGACUUCCAGCUCUCUUUUCACAGGAGCAUGCUGGUGAUGAUACAGAGAUCUGGUCUUGGAAUUGUGUCAGUCCAAUGGUUGAUUUAGCUAUGAAGUGGAUAGCAUUAAAGAAUGAUCCGCAUAUGUCUAAACUCUUUGAAUGGCAAAAAGGAAUUGGGAGUGACUUUGUUUUCCAAGAUACUUCUGUAACUCCCUUGUUGUGGGUAUAUUCAGCUGUCAUGCAUAUGCUAUGCAGAGUGCUUGAAAGGGUGAUCCCAGAGGGGGUUAGCGUCAACCUGCAUGGAAGUAGUGAACUCAUGCCAUGGCUGUCCGAGUUUGUUCCUAAGGUUGGACUUGAGAUUGUUAAAAAUGGAUUUUUGGGCAUUUCAGAUGCCAAUAGUUCAGAAUAUCCUGCUGCAAAUGGCUCUUUCAUCGAGGAACUAUGUCAUUUGAGACAGCGAAGUAAUAAUGAAACAUCAUUAGCUUCUGUAUGUUGCCUUCAUGGAUUUUUCCAGGUUAUUGUAAACAUUGAUAGGUUGAUCCAGCUAGCGAAGAAUGCUGUCCAUGGUCCUCCCCAAGAAUAUUGUAUCUCAAAAGAAGGGAAAAUACUUGAUAAUGGGAUACUUAAGGGGUCUAUGGUUGAAUUGAGAAGUCUCUUAAACAUUUUUAUGAAGUUAGUUGCUUCAGAGUGGCACUUUGUUCAGUCCAUUGAGAUAUUUGGCAGGGGCGGCCCUGCUCCAGGGUUGGGUGUUGGCUGGGGUGCAUCUGGUGGAGGAUUUUGGUCUGCUGAUGUUUUGUUGGCACAAAUAGAUGCAGGAUUUCUCAUUUACUUGCUCAAAAGUUUUCAAUUGCUGUCUUCUACCGAUACAUCCACAGUUGAAGCAAUGACCUUCACUAUGCAAAGGAUCAAUUCAGCCUUAGGUGCAUGUUUAACUGCUGGGCCUAGGGAUAGCGUUAUUGUGGAAGAAGCGCUAAAUAUUUUACUCCGUGUCCAUGCUCUAAAGUUCCUUGGUCUCUGUAUUCAGCAGUUUUUCCACCUUAAUAAGAGAUUUAAACCAUUUGCGUGGGAAUUUAAAGAAGAGGACUACCUGGUUUUCAGUGAAACAUUAGCUUCUCACUUCAGGAACAGAUGGUUGUCUAUGAAGAAGAAGGUCAAAGACAUGGUCAAUAAUAGUUGCUCUGGAAAUAAAACAUUUAAAAAGGGUAGUGCAGGUCUGGAUACUAUAUUUGAGGACUUAGACACGUCAAAUAAGAUCAAUCAAAAGCCUACUUCUUUAGUCGUAGAGUGGGCUCAACAGAGACUGCCACUUCCGACUCAUUGGUUUCUCAGUCCAAUCUCAACCAUCUGUGAUAGCAAGCAUGCUGGCCUGCGAAGAGAUAAAACAAAAAAUCUUGUCGAAGAUCCCAAUGAUUUAUUUGAAGUUGCCAAAGCUGGACUUUUUUUUAAUUUAGGUGUUGAAGCAAUGUCCACUUUCAAAUCCAUUGAAGUCCCCUCCCCUGUUCAGAUGGUACCAUUAGUUUGGAAAUUGCAUUCUUUAUCUGUGAUCUUACUUGUUGGAAUGGGCGUUCUUGAAGAGGAGAAGAGUAGGGAUGUUUAUGAAGCUUUGCAAAAUAUCUAUGGGCAGCUUCUUGACCAAGCAAGGGCUAGUAUAAGUGCUGACCUCAUUUUGAAGAAUAAAGUAGAUAUAUUGCCAGAAUCCAGAAAUAAAAAUAAUGCAGGGUUUCUAAUGUUUCAAUCAGAGAUUCAUGAGAGUUACUCAACAUUUAUUGAAACUCUUGUGGAGCAGUUUUCUGCCAUAUCUUAUGGUGAUUUGAUUUUUGGCCGGCAAGUUGCAGUCUAUCUACACCGUCAAGUCGAAACUCCUACACGACUUGCUGCCUGGAAUACUCUGACCAAUGCUUGUGUUCUUGAUCUUCUUCCCCCUCUAGAGAAAUGCAUUGCCGAGGCUGAGGGAUACCUAGAACCUAUUGAGGACAAUGAUGGUAUUUUGGAGGCUUAUGUGAAGUCAUGGAAUUCUGGUGCCCUUGACAGGGCUGCAACUCGAGGAUCGGUCGCAUAUACACUGGUUAUACACCACCUUUCUUCUUUCAUAUUUCACUCUCAUGCUGUUGACAAGUUUCCAUUGCGCAACAAGCUCGUAAAAUCUCUUUUACGAGACUAUUCCCGGAAGCAGCACCAUGAGGGAAUGAUGUUGAAUCUUAUUCGAUAUAACAAGCCAUCUACAUCUAAGAUGCUUGACAGAAAUGGCGGUUCACCGCUAGAGAGAGGCGGUGUAGAGAAGAGGAUCGAGGUAUUAACAGAAGCUUGUGAAGGGAAUUCCUCUUUGUUGACAGAAGUGGAGAAGCUGAAGUCCUCUUUAUAAAGAAAUGUUUGUAAAUAUAUAAAAUGUUUUGUAAAUUAGGACGUUGAAAAGAAGGAAAUGAAAGGUUUUUCAUAUUUGUUUUCUAUA